CUCACUUGUCCCCUCUGCUUUGAAUUCACGAAAACGUGUCUGAGCCACGCGUGUUUUAUCUUGCAGGCUUUGGAAGUCGCCUACACGAAUAUGAAGUCAGGGAGAACCCCGCCUUCUGUCAUUUCAAGUCAGGGACGGAAAAGCAAAGCCCGGCCCGCUCUCCCCGGGGACAGCCCGCGUCGUGUUACCCGAAGCGCCCGGCUCCUCAGAGCGUCAGGAUGCCCGGAGGGACAUCGCCCGCCACGAAAAGACCCCGGAGAAGUUUGUCCAGCAGCCAAAGCAGCAGAAGCGAUGCAAGGUCCAUCGUCCUGUUCUUCCGCAGCGAGGCCCCCGCGAGGCUCGCCUGCCCCGUCUGCGGCAAGAUGGUGCCGAGGGACACCUUGAACCGGCACCUGGACGCCAGGUGUGGCGACGGCGGUGGCGCCAGCCCGGUGCCGGGGCCCGGCGGCUCGGCCUGUUCGCAGGUGUCUGCAGCGGACUCCACCCGCGUCGCCGUGGGGGGCGUGACAGCGGAGAAGCAGUCACCCUCCAAGACGAGCUUAGCCCCCGGCCCAAGCGACCCGGCCAAAGCAGGCGGCGAAGCCCGGACCAGCCCCUACUUUAAAGGUCCCGGUGACCCGCCGUGCCAGACGCAGGGGCCGCGGAGACCGCGCCACGUGGAAGUCAUUGCUUUGGGAAGCCUGUCGUCCAAGUUGUCCAGGAGACACGCGAAGGCCACACGGUCGGGAGACGAGCCCCAGGACGUCGCCGGCCACAGUCGGCGGAGCUCCCCGGCCGCAGCGGCGAGGGCGGCAGACGGGGCGGACGAGGACCGCGUCCUGAGCACUUCUCAGAAGGAAAACCUGUUUGCCUGCGGGUCUCCUCAGGAGCAGAGUGGCCCCGAGCGUGCUCUGGAAGGCUCUACGAUGGCAGUGACGGCAGCCGGAAGCCAAAAGGCGCCCCAGGAGCGUGGGAGAGCGGCCCUCACCCCCGCCCGCUCGGAGAAUGCCCCCGGGCCGUCCUCGCCAGGCCCCGCUCUGGGGACUGGAUUACAGGUGGCUUCAGAGGACAGCGCUGCAGAGCGGGGGAGUGGCAGAGGAGAUGGCGGCAGUGUGGAAGCAGGUGGGGCGGGGAGCCGGGACGAAGGUCGCACGACUGUCGCUGCCCAGGCUGGAACCCAGGCGGCGUCGGAGGGGGAGGCCAGAUCCCAUAGCUGCAGACGCGAUGCCUCCACCUGCAGCAACCUCCCCGAACUUCCUCUGGGACGUGACAGUGCCUUAAAGGUCGAGGUCACCCGCGGAGCUCCUCUGGAGGGGGCGUCCAGCUGCGGGGCCGCGGGCUCGGCGUCCCCCGGCCACCCUUACUACCUUCAGAGUUUCCUGGUGGUGCUGGACGCCGUGUUUGGGGACGAAGACGACAGGAAGCUCUUCGACGAGCAGGAGAGAGGAAUUGUAACCAAGUUUUAUCAAUUAUCAGAUAGUGGUCAGAAGUUAUACGUGAGACUCUUUCAACGUAAAUUCAGCUGGAUGAAGCUGAGUAAAUUGGACUAUGAGGAGAUCGCCCCCGACCUAGUGCCGGUGAUCGCAGAGCUGAAGGAAGCAGGCUUUGUGCAGACAGAGUCCGAGUUGCAAGAACUCCCUGAAGUGCUGGACCUGCUUUCGGCUCCCGAGCUCAAAGCCCUGGGGAAGACGUUCCACGUGGCGAGUCCUGGCGGCCAGAGGCAGCAGCUGGCGGGCGCUUUGCUCAGACUGGCCAGGCAGCCCUCGGUCUGCCCUUGGGCCCAGGGCCAGCCCGGAGUCGGCACCGUGAUUUUAAAAAGAGCGAAGGCCGUGGCAGGACCGGCCCUGAGGGUGCAUGGUGUCCCGCGGGACGUGUUCUCUCGUGCCCUGCUGCUCUUCGACCUGGCCGAGGCCCCGGAGGAGGACGGCGGCCGGGACCCGCUCACGGCCGUGCUGCUGGCCGGCCUGGGCCGGGUGGCAUUUCCUCGGUACACCGUCAGCCGGACAGCCCGCAUCUUCCAGGACAGAGACGACCUCAUCAGGACAGCCGUUUGCACGCUGUUUAGUACGUGCUUUAAAGAGCGAAGCCAUCGGAACGAUUCAAAGCCAUGUCGCUGUAAACCGACUUUAGCUCACUUUGCCCAGCUCACCUUGUCAGGAAGGUACGCAGCAGCCACCCACACGCUGAGUGACGUCUGUGCCGCCAUGGCCAGCGGUGACUGGAAGGACGCUCGCGAGCUCUGCCAGCGUGCCCGCGGGGCCUGGAGCGCACUGCGAGGCCACCCGGCUCUGAGGCUCCACGAGGGCUUGCCCGUGUUCCUGCGACGCUUCACCGUGGGCUGGGUCUACACGCAGGUGUCGUCGCGGGCCGUGGACAUCCUGCAGAGGCUGCACAUGUACGAGGUGAGGGCAGGAGGCCCGUGGCAUGGACGGUCACGCCGGCCUCGAGCCGUGGGGCGCAGCCCGUGCGUGGGCUCCCAGCUUCCGCGAGGGUGCCGGUAGGCCGGGGCACACACACAGCCCUGGGCGGAGCCCCCAAACUUGGGGGGGGAGCCUCACACCGCUGUGGUUCCCCGCAGCCAUCACAGACCAUCCCGAAACCAUUUACAAUCCCGUCCAAAAUUGGGUCGUAUGCGUCCUUACACUAAUGUGAGAACCGGGACUCAGCUUUGGUUCUGGUGGAUGGUGUGUAAUGGGAAAUGGUAUUUUAUGGAGCACAUGUGGAGGCCGGGCUCCUGACCUGACCCAUGAAUCCCGGGGGGGGGUCCCUGUGAUGGCUUCGGGGGCUCGGGGGACCCACAGCUACGUGUUCGUGGGCUUCGCGCAUCCUCA